GAUCGUGACAUCAAUGGCGGAGGAAAAUAAGACAGGGGCGCGUUUCAUCACGAAUGGCACCGUAACAGGCCCCACCAUCAUUCAACCUCUGGAUGUCCUGACCUCCCCAUAACGCACCACUGGGGACAUACAACGUUCGUCCAUUCAGCUGCGCCGCCUGACGAAGUUUCUCAUUCAGGUCAUGAUCAGCGAGAGCUGAGGGGGAACCAACCUAAAGAGCACGAAGAAUCACCGGUGAUCUGGAGCCAAUCCAAAAUGAUAUGGAUUAAGUGGUGGCAACACGCUGGACUAAACGAAGAGCAAAUACAUAAUAAACAAAAAAACUUCACACCCAGAGGAUACAGAUCAUAAAACAUGGAGUCAAACAAGAACUUCAGAACAGCAAGGCAGGAAUGCUGACCAUCUUAUAUAAAGUUUGUCAAUUUCUUUAACUUUGUCCACCAUGUUGAUGUCUAAUACCUCUGUACAGGUCAAAGGUCAAACAUUCAGUCCAUUAUGACUCGAAACAGGGAGAAGGUUGAUAAUCAGUUUGUAAUCUCACAGCAAGGAUCAGUCUAAAGUUCACAGCAGACAAAGCAUAGAUGUCAUUCUGACAGUAACAGCAGAACCAAAGGGAAGGUUUUUGUGUAUUUUUUUCCACGUCUGUGAAGGCCACUCUGCAAGAACACAGCAGAACAGGAGGUAGAACAUUUUUCAGUGGAGAACAUGGACAUCCUUGAGACAGAUGCCUAUGACAGACGACAGAGAAGGAACACAUCCUGUGCUCUGCUCCUCUCUCUGGCACCUUUCUUUUUGGCCUCAGCUGUGUACUUCUACCUGGUGCACCUAGAAUCUCCGGCGUCCAUCGUGCGGGCGGGCGUCAAAUCGGCGCCAACGUUCCUGCUGGCUGCGGCGGUGCUGAGCUGGAAUGGAUGUCAUAGUGUACUGGGUGUGGCGGGAGGACUUGUCUUCUCAGCUGUGGGUGACAUUUGCCUGGUGUGGCCUGAACUUUUUCUCCAUGGAAUGGCUGCAUUCGCUCUGGCUCAUCUUCUCUACUCGGUCACCUUCCUCUCAUCUCGAUAUGAGACAUAUUCCUCCUCAUCAUGUACUGGCCCGCUGUAUUUAAUCCUGAUGGUGACUGCUGCUGGAAUUUAUGCAUACUUGUUUCCAUUUUUGAAGAAGGACCCAAGUUCAGAGAUCCUGGUUCCCGCUGUGGGGGUCUACAUUGCCUUGAUCACAAUGAUGGCGAUACUAGCUAUCAGAACCCGUCGUGGAUUUACAUUACUGGGAAGUUUGUUCUUCAUUAUGUCUGACAUGGCAUUGGCUUUACAAGUGUUUAAGGUGACAGCGCCUGUGGCACACGGUCACACGGUUGUCAUGGUGACAUAUUACUUAGCACAGUUACUAAUCAGCGUGGGUGAUAUGAGGGCAGUGGAACGCAAAAAUGACUUUGCCAAGUGGAAGCGGUCCUAGACUAGUAUUUAUAUAUACAUCAUUAGUAACAUAUCUGCCAAAUAAAGUAGCAGCUGGAUGAUGACAGUGAAAUAAAGUCUAUAUAGUGAUCCCUCGCUACUUCGCGCUUCAAACUUUGCGCCCUCAGACCAUCGAUUUUUUUCAAUUAAAAAAAAAAAAAAAAAAAAAAAGGAAUAUUUUAUAGAGCUGUCCCGAUCCGAUCACGCAGUCCCUCACUCUAGCUCCUGCCACUUUUCUUGGUCAAGUAGUGCACUGGAGUUGCUUAUUAAAGUUAAUGUUGAUUGACAGAUAUUAAGGUUUGAUUCUGCCAGAGACGCUUGGAAGCCGAAAUGUCAAAGCACCGCAUGCGUCAAUCAUUGUUUAACUUGUUAUAUAGUUGCGGUGGCAACUCAUUGCAAGUGAGCAGUUUGAGUGGACUCACUCAAUUAAGCAUUUAAUAAAGACAAUAAUUUUUCUACUUUAGUCAGGUUUAAAAAAUAUUUCAGUGGGACAGUAACAUUGAGGUUGUUCCGAUCAUGUUUUUUUGCUCCCGAUCCGAUCGUUUUAGUUUGAGUAUCUGCCGAUCCCGAUAUUUCCCGAUCCGAAUGCAUUUUUUUUUUUUGCUCCCGAUUCAAUUCCAAUCAUUCCCGAUAAUGUUUCCCGAUCAUA